UGGGCUUUAGUUAUCCUAAGCCCAAAAGCCUCUACUGCAAUACCUCUUCCUUCUUCGCCGCAGCGAAGGGUUUUGGAAGCUCUCCGAGGACUGUGACAUGGCCGGAGAAAAAGAAGAAAGCCAGAAAGUAGAGGAAGAAUUGAAACCAGAAAAUGAAAAUGAAGAUGAAGAACCAACAGUGGAAGAAGAGCUUAAAGAGAAACAGAGCGAUUCAAAAAGAAUGAAGCCAUGGGAGCAGCACGCAGCCGUCAUAAACUUACCUCGCUUCGAUUACAACGCUCCGUCUGCGUUACUUCAGCGCUCUUACUCUGGAUUCCUUGUUACUUGCUCCAUCAAGAGGGAGAAAAGUGCGACCAAAGAAGUAAUGUCCAUUCUUGACAAGUAUAUUGGUUCCUAUAAUUAUGCAAACACUGAAUGUUUGGAAAGCUCUGAUGCAAGCCAAAGCACUAAGAGAAGGAAAACACAGAUUGAUGAAAUAGGUGGAAUAAGUGCUGAAGGCAUGGAAAGAAAGAGCACUAGUGAGGACACAGAUGGGCUUUCAGGAAAUAUGGAUUCAAUAGAAGAAAAAGGUUCUGUUCUUUCCCUGGUCAAGUUGACGAGGAGUGGUUUGCUUCUCCUGACAUUUGCCAGAGAAAAUUCUCCCGACCCUGUAGCCAUAGUGUCAAAUAUUUUUCAGUGUGUAGAAUCUGGGAGUCUAAGGUCACCUCUUUGGUGUCAUCGCAUUUUCCCGAUCCAAGCUACAUGUCUUUUGGAUGAGAAGGAACUGCGAACAGUUGUAUCAAAGCUUGUCCUUCAAUUCGUGAAUGACAAACAGAACAAACUUGCACAUCCUACAAAGUUUGCAGUUGGUUAUAACAGAAGAGGUAUUGAAGAAACGCAAACAAAGCAUGUGAAGGAUUCUAAUAUGUGUUCUUUGUUGGACCGAAAUAAAUGCUUUGAAAUUGUGGCUUCUGUAGUUAAAGAAGCUGUACCAGAUUCAUCUGUUGAUCUCAAGUCUCCAGAGCUUUCCAUUCUUGUUGAGCUGCUGCCUCUUUCAAGAGUGCCCAACGGGUCAUUACUUGCUGCUGUCUCUGUUCUUCCUCAAAACCUUGUCAGUGUAAAGCCACGACUGUGCAUUAAGCCCCUCGUUCCUGAUGGCAAAGCAAAGAAUGAAGGAGUUAGAAGGUAGUUUUGGUUGCAGAAGAAUUGAGAGCAAUCAUGAAUGCAAAUGCACACACCAUUCUUUGUACGUGGUCAUUUAUUAUCUUUCUUUGCUUUUCUCUUUUCAUCCCAAUAUUAGGCAUUUUAUUGUAGAAAGUAAGGUGGACUAGUUGUAGCGCUAGUGAGUAAAACCCAAGAGAAUUUUCUUUCUCAGGAAAGUUUUAAUUUUUGGUUA